CUUUACAUCAUUUGAUACUUCCAACAUGACUUAUUAUUCCAUUGUGCUCUUGAACGCCUAACAUUCAUUCAUAAAAAAGUAUUCAUGAGGGCAGCAUGGUCGGUUGCAACGCAGCCACGCUCUCUGGCGCCGGUAUUAGCCCGUCUUAGCCCUCGCCCGCCAGCACAGGGCCUAUCAUGGCAUACAACACACCAUUCCGCAGGGUCGCAGCGACGCCGCCUGCUAUCUUCCAAGCCCCAACCCCAACCCCAGCCUCUCCUUACUCUCGCCAUCGAGUCCUCAUGCGACGACACGUGCGUCACAGUGCUGGAAAAGGACCGAGGCGUGGUGGGCCGUGGAGCAGCAGCGCGCCUCCUCUUCGACAAGAAGAUCACGUCUGAUAACCGCCAGUUCCGGGGCGUGCGCCCUAUCACUGCCGUUGCCUCGCAUACCCAGCACCUCGCGGGAAUGGUGCGGGAAGCUAUGCGCGCGUUCCCCGACGUAGGGCCAGAAGGAACUGGAGACGGAGCUGUAGGCGAGGACGACACAGUUUGGGUUGAUGGUCGGCCGCGAAGAAAGCCCGAUUUUGUCACGGUCACGCGCGGCCCGGGCAUGAUGUCCAACUUAUCGACGGGCUUGAACACGGCUAAAGGACUUGCCGUCGCCUGGGGUGUACCGCUGCUAGCCGUUCACCACAUGCAGGCCCACGCGCUCACGCCGCGACUAGUCAGCGCUCUCGAGGCCGGAAAGCGGGAAAGAGAGCAAGACGAACCGCCAAGUCGAGAUCAAACCCCCGAACAAGCCUUCUUAACUCCCGCCUUCCCCUUCCUCUCCCUCCUAGUCUCAGGCGGCCACUCCCUCCUCGUCCUAUCCCGCUCCCUAACCAACCACUCCAUCCUCGCCGAAGCCCAAAACAUCGCCGUCGGGGACAUGCUCGACAAAUGCGCGCGAGACAUCGUCCCCGCCUCCGAGCUCGCCGCCAGCAGUAGCAGCAGCGGCGUCAUGUACGCCGCGCACCUCGAGCGCUUCGCCUUCCCAGACGGCCCCUCCGACUACGCGUCGUCAUACGUCCCGCCGUCCGCGCGCGCCCAGGAGAUCAAGAUCUACGACUCUGGGCUCGGCUGGAAGCUAACCCCGCCGCUCUCCGAGUCCCUCGGCAUGUCCUUCGAGUUCGCGGGGCUGAACGGCCAGGUUAUCAAGGUCAUGAUGGAACGCCCGGAUAUGGAGCUUGCGGAGCGCCGGCUUCUUGCUCGGCAUACCAUGCGCCUGGCUUUCGAGCAUUUGGCAAGUCGGUUGUUACUCGCGCUUUCUAAGAGUGGGGUAGCGGAUGAGGGGGAGGGAGAAGAUAGUACGCUGCUGCGCGAUGUCCGCACGCUUGUUGUGGCUGGUGGUGUUGCCAGCAAUCGCUAUCUGAUGCAUAUCCUACGCACGAUACUGGAUGUCCGUGGUUACAGCCAUAUUGAGCUCGUAUGCCCGCCGCUACCGCUGUGCACUGAUAAUGGUGCUAUGAUAGCGUGGGCCGGUAUGGAGAUGUACGAAGCGGGCUGGCGGAGCGAGCUAGAUAUCCUUGCUAUCAAGAAGUGGCCUCUUGAUCCGAAUUCUGAGGAUGGUGGUAUCUUAGGAGUUCCGGGUUGGAAAAAUGUGGAAAAGACAAAAUCAUGAUACCCCUUUAGAAAGAAGUUUACUUGUGACCGGGGGAAAGCGGGCCAUCUUGUACGACUACUAUUUGUACUAUAUUGUAUAGCAUGGUAUAGCAUACAUUGGAGUUAGGCUACCUACCUAUCUAGGGGAAGCAAUGCGAAUCUAGUUGUAGAAAAGGGGCAGAAGGUCUUGACUCCUUAAUUGUUG